AUGCAUUUAUAUGUUGAUGUGAGGGCUCUUAAUUCUAUGGAUCUUGUUGUUGACCCUAAUGAGCCCAACAAGCCUAGUCAGUCUAAUGACCCUAAAUUUGUUCUUGCUUCUGUUCCAAAUGAUUCAAAAGAGAACACAUUGGGCUCCAUAUGGGCACCAAUUGAAGAAGCCAUAGGUAGUGCCUUAGUGGGCUUGGCCCACGAUUGGGCUCAUAUUUGGCACCUCCUAGGGUCCCUAUUCCUUGAAGACCUGUCGUCCAAUGACGAGUUUCACUCCGACUGGCAAUCUGAUCCCUCCGACGAUCCAUUUCCGAUUUCGACGAUUGUCGAGCGAUCAACCGAUCUCCAUCAACGAAAAUUAGAAAUCUCUCAGUGUUUGCGAAUUUUACAUCCGAACGAGCUUGGACAACUACGAAGACCGACGGAACUCAACGACUGGCGACGAUAUCCGGAGACCCGCACGACUGCAGCCGAGCAAGGCUGCGUGAGGGCCGCAGACAACUUGUUGUCCCACUGCAGUGAGCAAGAGAGUCUCGGCCACCUCAACAGUUUGCAGACCUCAAUCCUACCUGACGCGACAACACAAUGCUUGUGCGGAGGACGCGCCAACGACGUCAGCACGAUUAUCCCUGGCGACACGUUUAUCGCGCCAAGUCGAUCGCCGCGACCGUCCUUUGUGGAGGCGACUCCAGCGCGGACCUUGCUGGCUGAAGGCGUUCUCCCGGCAGCAGCAAACCUCGGUAGCACUCAGCACGAGGCGAUCCGCAUGGCGUCUGAGAGAGGCAGCGACCGUUCAAGCUCUGUGGCCGGCAGUGACCGUUUGAGCUCUGUGGCCGGCAGCGACCGUUUGAAUUCCGUGGCAGGCGGCGAUCAUAUCCAAAGGGCCUUCUUCAAGGCCUAUUUUGUAGCCAACUUGACAUCUCCCAAGCUUGCCCAUCGCAUUGUGGUCUACCAGGAGGAGGAGGCCAUACACUCGUACACGGAGUUCCUCAAGGAGCUCGACAAUGAACAAUCGAAAAUGGAAUUCCACCAUAUUUUGAAUUUUGAACGCGAGGGCCGUGAGGGUGUACGAAAAGACGUCGUUUGGGUCGAGCGUGAUUGCUCGAUUGGCUUCGUCUCAACUCGGCUGGCGAUGGAGAGGGCAUCCGAUCGAAACUAUCUACAUGUUGACGCUGCUCACAAGCCGGGCUGUCGUUGUGUCACUGAUACUCCGCCGACGACCGUUCUCGAGACAAGCCACAGCCGCAACCGCUCAUCUCCAAUUUGCUCGAUAGAUGAUCAGCGCCACCAGUCGUUGCCGCCUGUGGACGAGCCAAGCGAACCACUGCCACUCGAAAGAUCGGACGCCGCUUCCGAAUUUAUAGACGUCGCCGGAAGAUGUUGGAGCGGGCCUUUCUUCGCCACCUUUAUUCCGAACUUUUUUUUGAGCCACUAA